AUGAAUCCCCAGAAAUCCACCCCCGCUCGCAACGCGCGCGCCCUAGCGUCACCACCUACCCAAAUCCCUGCUCCAGCUACCACCCAGCCCUCAGCCUCGACCUCGGCCGAUGGAAAACAAGCCAAAGGGGAUGAUAAGCUGGAAGACGUCCUCAAAACCUGGUCCAACAGCAGGCCCGAGAGAAAGUCUCUCCCCUUUUUGAACGACCUCCACAAAGCAGGUCGCCUGUAUGAUCGCAUUGUCCAGUCACGGUCUCACAGUCGAACGGAACAGUUUCACGCGUUUGACGAGACGAGGUCACACCUUGAUGAGAUCCUCAAGGGUGAGGGCAAGUUUGCUGCUGCGGCUUCGACUCCCAAGCCGGUUGCCAGUUUCCUUUCGCAUCGAGAUAUGAAGCACCUCCGGCCGGAACCUUCUCGUGAGACGCAGUCUUUGCCCUCGACCCCGAUAUCGAAGAAGACCGGGAUUUUUGGUACGGCCGGUGUUGAGCCGACCGCGCCUGGGUCAAAGACUUUCGAUAUCACGCCUUGGAAGAGGGAGUCGCCGCCGACGCCGACGCCGGGCAGGGUCAUCAAGGGGAUGGAGAGGAUGCAGCUUGAUGGUUCUUACAAUCAGGGAAGUGCUCGGGGUUCUUCGCCUUCUGAUGAUGUUGCCAUGUCUUCGCCGUUGACCAGACCAAUUCCUGUUCACGGUAAAGGGAAUGAGAAAGGGGAGGGGCCGUCGUCUAUUCUGCUGCCGUUUUUGGAUUUGCCUCUUCCUCCUAUGGGGGUUGUGGGUGAUGAUGAAGUGGGGGAGAGUGCUCACAAAGAUUUCAAGCCGAUUUACACGCAGUCAUAUGUUGAUGGGGUGCUGGAGGCGAUGACGCAUGCUCAUGGGAAUAUUGCGCGGUUGUCACAGGAGAAGAGAGAGGCCGAGGGGAGGCUGGUGGUUUUGGAGGAGAAGAUGAAGAUGUGGCAUGCUAUUGUUCAUGGUCAGGGAUGUCACUGCGUAGAGGGGAGGUGGUGGGGGGAGAUGGAGGAGGGGUUGAUUGAGUUAAGGGGGGGCAAGAAGGAAGGGUCUGGAGGAGCGAAGAACGAUAAGAAAUAUGGAAACAUGGAGAGUGAAGAGAAAACUGAAAUGGGUCGGUUUGGUAUGGAUGGGGCGGGUGAUGGUUUUGAGGACGGUGUUGGGGGUUGUAAAGAGGCUGAGGAUGAGGAGGCUUGGGAUGUUAUUGUCGGGAGUCGUGUUGGUUCACCUGAGAUAGUGUAA